AUGUCCGAGUACCUCCUCACCACCACCCUCCAAACCCUCUACCUGCACCCACUCUCCCCAAUCCCCGGCCCCUUCCUCUGGAAACUAACCCGAAUCCCGUACAUCCACUCCCUCCUUUCCGGAACCCUCGUAAUCAACACACGCAAACACCACUCCCACUACGGCACCAUAAUGCGCACCGCACCAAAUGAAGCAUCCUUCGCUACCGAACAAGCCUGGCACGAAAUAUUUCUCAACAGCAACAACAGCUCGCAAAAAGCACUUCCGCGAGAUCCGGUGAUUGGACCGGCGUUUACCGAUCGCGCGGUUGCGAGACAGGAGGGGAUUAUACAGUCGUAUGUUACGUUAAUGGUUGAGAAGCUUUUGGGAGAGAUUGGGCGGCCCGGGAAUAGGAAGAUGGUGAUGGCAUUAGCAGGCGUAAUGCAAUAUUUUCCCAGUCUCGAGUCGCUCAUUCUCAAACUGCUUCCAGCGCGCAUUCGAAAAAUGCAAGCAGGGCACUUUUCCAACGCGGCGGAGAAAAUUCAUCGUCGACUACAACGUCCGGAAGCAGCGGUGGGUGAUUUCAUGACUGUCAUGCUUGAUCAGAAGAACAAUCCGAACUUUUCCAAGAUGAGUAUGCCUGAGAUCGAGUCAUCUGUUGCUCUUAUGCUAUUAGGAGGUAGCGAGACAACGGGCACUACCAUAUGCGGAACGAUUAAUUGUCUAAUUCAAAAUCCGGUCGAGCUGACGAAAUUGGAAUGUGAAAUUCGGAAUUGCUUUGAUAAGGAAGAAGAUAUUACUUUUAGUGCUCUUCAACAAUUACCGUUCCUCAAUGCUGUGAUAAAUGAAGGUUUGCGAUUGUGCAAUCCCGUUUCAGGAGGUCUACUCCGGAUUGUACCUCGUGGUGGAGCUGUCGUUUGUGGACAAUUUCUGCCAGAAGGCACACACGUGGCAAUGAAUACCAUCGUGAUGGCCCAUUCAGAAGCUAACUUCCACCGAUGUCUUGAAUUCCUACCUGAUCGAUAUCUUCCUGAUAAUCUCCGACCAGCAGAAUUUAAAAACGACAACCGCAAUAUUUUGAAACCAUGGGGAUUGGGAACACGUAAUUGUUUGGGGAGAUCAUUCGGACAGGCGGAAUUGAGGGUGGUUUUGGCUCGUUUAGUCGGAAUUUUGAUCUUGAGGCUGUUGGAAACAAGCUCGUCAACUGGGAUGAUCUUAAAAAUUAUGUUGUGGUGCAGAAAGAACCUAUAUGGGUUACAAUUAAGCCGAGGGUAA